AUGACUCCACAGCCUUUGUCUAGCUCCCAGUUGCAGACGGUGCUGCUCGAGGCCAAGAGCAAGAACAGGCUGCUGCUGACGCGAUCCGAGCAAGAAAUAUGUCCCUCAGAGCCAGUCGUUCCUGGACAUCAGAGGUUCAUCAAGCUGGAGGAUCCCAAGCAGGGUUUCUUGUCUGAAUCACUGCAACGACGACGCCCACCUGCAAAUCGCAUACAGCUACUGCUGGAACCAACAAGCAGGAAGCGGCCACGAGAAACUGGCUUUCCAGAGCCACCACAGCCUUUAGAUCCACAGAGUCGAUGCGAGGAUCAAGUCUUGCUGCAUCCAAAUAGCAAGAAGCGUUGUACCGAGACCCAAGACAACCAACCAGAUGAGCCCUCGUGGAGUGACACCAAACCUGAGACUCAACAUCCUGCCGGUCACACAGGUGUCGUUGAUAUCUCCAGCACCCCCACAGUGAAAAAGGAUAAGCCUAGCAUAUCGCCCCAGACCAGACCAACAACAUGCCCAUCGCCAGGAAUCAGCUGCAUGGAGCUGGAUCAGAAGGACUUGACGACAGAGAGCUCAAAUGAAUUCAACAGCAGUGAAGUGCAGACCCUGGUUGUUGAUGACCUUUGCUUGCCUUCAUACGGCCCAUCGAUCAAGAUUGAACGUUCAGAUGUUGACGCUCAAGUCCCAAAGGAUGAAGGCGGUCUCACGCAAGAACUCGGGGAGCAACAGGGUCAAGAGCUCGGUGCCAAGGAAACAGACCCAUGCCAGGUUUCGUCAGAUGAAGAGAUGAAGCCGGCUUGUGAUGAACAGCUAGAAGAGACUGAGACAUAUGAGGGAGUACACAGCAUCCCCACGCCUCAAGAUUCUCCGGAUUGGCCUGUCUUCGAACCAGACGAGCCUUUCCAGCAUCACGGAGCAAUCGUGCCAUCCAGCCCGCCAGCUCCAACAGAAAUCAGCAAUCUACACCUCCUCCUCGAAGUGCCGGACUCCCCAAUGCGACUCUUCGAGGCCAGCAGCCCUUCACGUCCUCUGUGGGAGGAUGACCUACCCUCUGUUGAGCCAGUGGCUGAUGAUCAUUCCCAAGCUAUCAAGGCCCUCUUCGGCAGUGAUACGAUGAACCCAGCUCACCUGAAUCAGAGGCCUGUUAAAAAGGCGCUGAUUAGCAAACCACCUGGUCGUGAACACCCACUGUACAAAGGCACACGAGGACCGGAUGGUUUGUAUCACUGCCCUUGGGAGAAGGAAGUGGGCUGUAAUCACAAACCGGCCAAGCUCAAGUGCACAUUCGACAAGUUUGUCGACUCCCACCUCAAACCAUACAAGUGCAGAGUUCCAGGUUGUCAAAGCACUUCUUUCUCGUCAACAGCCUGUCUCUUUCGUCACGAACGAGAAGCACACGCAUUGCAUGGCUACGGCGAUAAGCCAUUUCUUUGUCCGCAAGAAGGUUGCGAGCGAGCAACACCAGGCAACGGCUUUCCUCGACGGUGGAAUCUGGUUGAUCACAUGCGAAGAAGGCAUAAGCUGGACGCACCCAUUUCAGGAAUCAUCGACGCGCGAACAUCUAUCAAAAUGGCAGACAAGAAAGAGACUAAGGAGAAGUCUCCUAUGCAAGAGGAGACAGAGGAUGAUUUGAAGGAUAGAUGGGAGACACACCGGCUUGUUUUCGAGAGCCUCAUGGAGAAGCUGAAUGAUCCCGAGAACCCCGACAACGCGGUCAUGACCGCAGAGGCACAGAUUCACCUAUCUUCUCUACUUAAGAUCCAAACCAAGCUGGAUGAGAAGAGUAAGAAGGGCAAGGAGAAGACAAAGGAAGAGAGUAAGGGUGAUGAUACCGAGGGAAAGGAUGCAGAAGGAGGUGAGAAGCAGGACAGUUCGAAGCUAGCCCCGACAUGA